CCUCAUCAUCAUCAUGAAGAGCCCUUUUUUGCUAUCAUGGUGAUUGUUGAUGUUGAUGAUAAUGAGAAGCAUCAUAAUCAUCAUCAAAUCAUCAUCAACAUCAACAUCAACAUUCAUGAGAGAAAGCCUCCGAUGUUGUAUAUGUUUAGAUCAUACAUAGAGACAUACAAAUGGUGGUGAUGGUUUUUUAUUGACGAAGACGACGACAUUCAAGUGUUGAACAUCGGCCAUUAAACAUGUAACAUUUGGUUAUCAUCAUAUAUGCUGUGUGUGUGAAAUUCUAAUAAUUAAUAAUAUUCUAUUGUGGAGUUCUCACUUUAAUUAUAUAGAUCGUGACAAUGAUUCUAAUGAAAAUGAUCAAUUUCUUUCCUUCAAUCAAUCACCAAUAUGCCGGUGUAUCGGAAAUAACUCAUUCAAUGGGCCAUGAAAUCUGAUUGAACAAAACCAAAUCAUCAGAAUUGAUUCUGAAUCAUUUGAGUUGAAUUUUGUGUGUUUGUUUUCAGUGCAACUUAACCCACCAACAUUUUUCACACGAGAAAAUUCAUCAUCAUUCAUUGUGGAUCACUUUAAAAAGGUGCUGAUGACUUGACUCUGCGAAAAGCAACCCUUUUUCCACAUUUGAUUUGAAUUGAAUUUCCAUACAUCAAUAACAAUGAGGCUACAUAAUGAAACGAUUGCAAUGUCAUCAACAGCUAAGAAAAUGGUGACAAAAACAACCACCAUCAUCAUCAUCAUCUGGAAUACCGGUAAAAUCAAUCCGUUCAAACAUGGCUGGUAGUAGUAACCGUGUUCAUAAUAAUUCAAAUAAAAAGACAAUUGUUACGACAAAACCACCAUUGGUUGUUAUUCAACGUAAUCAACGUUGUACAUCGCCAUCACGAUCAUCAUCAACAACAACAACUAUGACAAAAACGAUGACAUCAGCAAGGAUCAUUCGAAAUUCUAUGAACACAACAUCCAAAUCAAACACUACAUCAUUGAAAUCCACACAACCACAACGGUCAACAUCGACAGUUACAAUAACAAAGACGAAAUCAACAAUACGUACGGCUAUUGCACCGGAUAAAAGUAUGAAAACAAAAAAUGUGUCAGCCAUCAAUAAAUCGAAAAUUGAUACACAACGAUUAUUGCAUUCAAAAUCAAAACAAGCGAAAAUGACUAAUGAAUCUCAUGAUGCUUUAAUCAAAUAUUUUUUCCGUAAUGAAAAUCUAGAUCAAAAACAUCGAUUGAUUAUGGAUCUUUGUAAACGGUGUCGAAAUAUUAAAAUGAUCGCCGACAACAAAAAUGAUGAUGGCAAUUUCGAUGAUUUUCUACAUACUAUGGAUAUUUUAUUACAAUUACAGAUAUCCAAAUUACGAUGCAAAAAUGGCAAAUCAACUUUACCAUCAUCAUAUAUCGAUAUUUUGGUUGAUGAAUUCACUCAAAUACCUGUGAAUAAUAACAACAACACCACCACCAAGUGGGAUAAUUAUCGUGCAGCCAUUCUUGAGCUAAUCAAUCAUCUACAACGAUUACAGCCAAAUAUCUCGAAAUGGGUCAGAUUUAGGCUACAAAUCGAUUCAAAUUUAGAUCGAUGUGUUCAGCAUUUAUUGCAAUCAACGUCAAUGAAUGAUGGUAAACUUUAUGAUGAAUGUCGAUCAUAUCUAGAGCUUAGUCAUUUCAAUGAAUUUUUAAUGUCGUCAUCUCUGGAUGAUGACAAUGUCACAACAUUAUUCCUCAUACGAUCCAUUAUGUCAAUGACCAAUACUUCGGAUUGGUUAUUUAAAGUAUUUCGAAAAAUUUUUCUCACCAAUUCAUCUCAUCAACAACAAUCCUCAUCGAAUAAUUUAUCAAAAAUUGUUCAUUUAAUUUAUAAAUUUGGUGAUCAAUUGCUCGAAAUGAUCAACGAUGAUGAUCAACAUAAUGACAAACUAUUCGAUUGGUAUACGUCACAAUUGAACCAGAUGGCUAAAAGAGCACAAUCAAGAUGUCACGUGGACCAUCAAUCCGAUUCAUCUUCACCCACCAAUAGUGUUGAUUCCUCUUUAUCAUCUCUAUCAAGUCAGUCAUUAUCGUCAUUAAUAAUGGAUGAUGAUGAUGAUAGAUAUGGGGGCAAUAUCCAAACUCCACCUCCAACUUUGUCACCUAUGCCUUUAUCUUCGGUUCCGCCACCGCCGCCGCCCCCACCACCACCACCACCGCCACCGCCACCAGCCCCAUCAGUUCCUUUUUUAAAUAAAGCGAAAUUGCAAAUUCAACCGCCUACAUCAUCAAUGAUACAAGUAACCGAUUUAUUACCACAAAAACCUCGAUUAAAGAUGAAAACAAUAAAUUGGACGAAAAUAUCGAAAACAUCGAUCACAUCGGACAACACGACUAAUGUUUGGCAAAUGAUUGGUGAAAAGUUAGUAAAUACGUCGGGAAAAAAAGAAUCCGAUGACCAAAUAUGCCCGAUCUCAUCUUCCAAAUCUGUCGAUGACGACCUGAUUGUCGAUUUUGAUGAACUUGAAGAACUGUUCUGUCUGCCUUGUAUCACCCACAAUAAUUCAACAGGUGCUCAACAAUCAUUGCCCAGUAAUGGUGGACAUUGUCUUCAGCCACAAAAUUCUUGCACAUCGAGUGCAUCGAAUUCUUGUCCAAAUUCACCAAGAUGUUCACGUCGGCACAGUGCUACAAGUCAUCAUUCAAUGAAUCUAGAUACGGCAUCAUUGAGUGAUCACUCAAUGAUGGAUGAUGGUAGUGAACAACAGCAUUAUUCGAUUGAUUCAACAACAAUCAAUUUAGAUAUGCCAUUAGCACCUAUACUUGAUUCAAAACGAUCAUUGAGUGUUAACAUUUUCCUAAAACAAUAUAAAGGUUCCGGUCUGGAUCAAGUGAUCAAUCUUAUAGCCACCAAUGAUCAUCAACAAAUUGGUCUCGAACGGCUUCGAAGUUUGAAACAUUUAUUACCCGAUGAAACGGAAAUGACUGCAUUACGGCAGAUUGAUCCAAUGGAUCGUGAUCGUCUACCAUUGGCUGAACGUUUUCUAAUCAAAUUGAUCGAAAUCAAUCAUUAUCGAUUGAAGAUUGAUUUCAUGUUAUUACGGGAAGAAUAUGAUGCCAAUAUACCGAUGCUUGAACGAUCAACACGAUGCAUUAGUGAAGCGGCCAAAGAACUAAUGCAAAGUGAUAAACUAAGACAAAUGUUGACAUUGGUACUUGUAUCGGGCAAUUUUCUUAACUUUGGUGGUUAUGCUGGUAAUGCGAUUGGCUUUAAAAUGAUGUCAUUACUUAAAUUGGCCGAAAUUCGUUCAAAUAAACCUGGAUUGUAUUUGAUACAUUAUGUGGCUAUGCAAGCAGAAAAAAAAGGUUUGAAUUCAUUUUAUGAUGAAUUACCAACAUUGAUUGAAGCAUCCAAAAUAUCCAAUGAUAACCUCAAAGCUGAAGUGAAAUCUUUAUCGGAAAAAAUCGCGGCCAUAAAAUCAAAGCUUAGUUUAAACAAACCAAACGCUGAUGGCGAUCACCGUUUGUUUGAAAAAAUUGGCCAAUUCUUGACAAUCUCAGAACAUACAAUCAAUCGUCUCAAAACAGUCACCGAACUAGAUAUGGAAAAAUUGCGAAAAAAUGUUGCCGAUUUUUUCUGUGACGAUAUCGCUCAAUUCAAAUUGGAACAAUGUUUUCAGAUAUUCGUUGCAUUCGUACAACGAUUCAAAAUGGCGAUAGAAGAAAAUCGUAAACGGAAUGAAAAUAGACAAAAAAUUCGUGCAAGACAACAAAAACAACACUGUACGGACAAUUCAUUCACAUCUUUGAUUGAAACCAUAGGAAAUGGACAAUCAUUGUCAUGUCAAAAUGAUAAGACAAUGUUUCGAUCACAUGAUCCUGCCAAUUUGGUAGCUGGUUCAGAUUCUACAAAAUUCUGUUCGUCACUGAAGCGUCGCCAUUCACGGCCAUGUUCACAGGAUAUGUCGAAUGUUGAUUCGCCAGCCAAACAAGAUCUUGUUGAAUUUUUAAAAUCAACUGCCCAUAAUGAUCAAUGUAAUGGCACUAACAUCGAUGGUAAUCUAUUUGGGACACAAUUUCGUCGUAUUGGUUCCGGAAGACGUAGCUUGCGUGGAACGAGCAACAACAAUGAUUGUUCGGAUAAUGAACGAGAACGUGUGAUUGUUCCAUCACUACAAUAUAACCAAGAUCCCGAACCAUUAAUCGAUUCAACAUCUACGACUAUUUCGGCUUUUAAUCGAUUUUCUCCACUUCGUCGUACCAUUAAGAAUCAAAGUAAAGAAGAUUCGGAUUCAUUAUCAAACACUGAUAUGAGGCCACCAAAAAUAACGAUUGAAGAAUGUAAUACAAACUCGGAAUCUAUCAAAUCGUCAUCUUAUUCGAAAGAAUCUGCCAAUUCAAAAUCAAACCGAAAUUUUUUAUUCGAAUUUAGAAAGAAACCAUUAUUGAAUCAAUAUAUUCAACAAUUGACCGCAAUCAUAUCGCCAUCCAAAUAUAUUGAAAAUAAUGAUGCUUUACAUAAAGUAUUCGAAAAUCAAUCCAAAAAUGGAUCAGUAUCGAAUCAAUCACCAACAACAGAAUCUGCCAAUAUAAUCAUAUCUACCGUGGCUAAAGAACGACCGUCAUCACUGAAAGCAUCUUCAUCAUCGUCUGGUAUUUCAUCCGAACAACGUCGUUCGUUUUCAUUCAAAUCCAAACCAACUAAUAGAAUGGACAAAUCAUUUGUUAUUAAAGGAAACAAUGCUAAUAAUAAAUCAAAUCAUGCUAUCGUAGUACCGGUACAAAAAAUGGAGAAAAAUAUCAAUGGAUCUUCACUACCUCAUCAGUCUAAUACUUCUUCACCAAAUCUGGAUCACAAAUCACCAUCACCAAAGUUGAAAAGUUUGACAAAAGAAAUCGCAGUUGAACAUCAUCAUAUUGGCGAUGGUAAACUAAUAAAUUUGAAAAAAUCAUCAUCUCCAUCUUUCAUUCAUUGAAACGCCAAUUUCAUCAAGUAGAAAAUUUAUAUAAACAAUCAAAUAUAGUUUUAUAUAUUUAUAUAUUUUUUAUUUAUUUUGAAAAUCGUAAACAAAACAA